CAGAAACAUGAGGACUACUUUACAGGUUGUGCUGUGGCUCUGCCUGGGCCUGUCCGUGGAUGCUUUGUCUCUGAGCGGACGGAGGAUAGAGUCAGAACGAAGAGAGGGAUCUGACACAGAGAUCACAGGAGAGAAGCUGCUCCGACGAUCAAGGCGAGGCUGGAUGUGGAACCAGUUUUUCCUGCAGGAGGAGUACACGGGCAGCGACUACCAGUACAUCGGCAAGCUCCAGUCGGACCAGGACCGUGGGAUCGGUGUAGUGAAGUACAUCCUGUCCGGAGAGGGGGCCGGCACCGUCUUUGUCAUUGAUGAGAAUAAUGGCGACCUGCACGCCACUCGCCGUCUGGACCGAGAGGAGAAAUCUUUCUACAUCCUCAAAGCCACGGUGGUCAACAAACGGACCGGGAUCAAACUGGAGCCAGAAACCGAGUUCACCAUCAAACUCCACGACAUCAACGACAACGAGCCGCAGUUCGAUAAGGAGGUUUACAUCGGCAGCGUACCCGAGAGGUCGGAUAUCGGUACGUCGGUCAUCCAGGUGACAGCUACAGACGCUGACGACAGCAUGUACGGCAACAGUGCCAAACUGGUGUACAGCAUCAGCCAGGGACACCCGUACUUCUCUGUGGACCCAAACACAGGCGUGAUCCGGACUGCUCUGGGUCCUGGAGACAUGGACCGCGAGCAGAGGGAACACUACCAGGUGGUGAUUGAAGCCAAAGACAUGGCCGGACAGAGAGGGGGGCUCACCGGGUCCACUGUGGUCAACAUCAGCCUCACAGACGUCAACGACAACCCGCCACGAUUCACCCAGAGUAUUUACCAGUUCAGAGUCGCAGAGUCGUCCAAGUCCGGCACUCCAGUCGGGAGGAUUAAAGCCACUGACAGAGACAUCGGGAAGAACGCCGAGAUGUACUUUACCAUCGUCAGUGGAGACGGCAUGGACAUGUUUGACAUCUCUACAGACAAAGACACCCAGGAGGGAGUCAUCACCGUCAGCAAGCCGCUGGACUUUGAGAAGAAGCCGUCGUACACGGUGGAGAUCCAGGUCCAGAACACCCAGCUGGACCCCCGCUUCAUGUCAGCCGGCUCCAAAGACAUGGCCACGGUCCGGAUCGGCGUGGAGGACGUGGACGAGCCGCCGCUGUUCGACAAAGCCAGCUACCUGAUGGAGGUGAAGGAAGACGCUGCGGUGGGCGUGGCCGUGGGUUCGGUCAGCGCCAUGGACCCUGAUGGAGCUCGCAGCAUGGUCAAGUACUCCAUCGACCGUCGCACUGACAUGGACCGCCUGUUCAACGUCCAUCCAGGGAACGGCUCUGUGUUCCUGCUGCGGAACCUGGACAGAGAGGAGAGCGCCUGGCACAACAUCUCCGUCAUCGCCGCAGAGUUCAGUAAGUGCGAUAAUCCACGUCAGAGCAGCCAUGUUCCCGUCUACAUACGCCUGCUGGACAUCAAUGACAACGCCCCCACCUUCGCCACUACGUAUGAAACGUACGUGUGUGAGAGGACGAAGGCCGGCAAGAGAAUCCAGACUGUGAGUGCUGUGGAUGCAGACGAGCCUUCAUCAGGACACAAGUUCUUCUUCAGCCUGGCCACUGAGGGGGUGCAGCGCAGCAACUUCACCGUCAGAGACAACGGAGAUAACACCGCGGGCAUCCUGACACGUCGAGCCAGCUACAGCCGCCUCCACCAGAGUGUGUACCUGGUACCCGUGGUGAUCAACGAUGGAGACUACCCCAUGCAGAGCAGCACGGGUACCUUGACCGUGCGCGUGUGCACCUGUGACCGAGAGGGCAACAUGGAAGUGUGUAACGCCGAGGCUCUGAGCAGCUCACCUGGACUGAGCACCGGCGCUCUCAUCGCCAUCCUGCUGUGUGCCAUCAUACUGCUGAUGAUCGUGGUUCUGUUCACGGCUCUGAAACGCCAGAGGAAGCAGGAACCGCUCAUCAUUUCCAAGGAGGACGUCCGGGAUAACGUGGUCAGCUACAAUGACGAGGGCGGCGGCGAAGAGGACACACAGGCGUUCGACAUCGGAGCCCUGAGACACCCAGACACUGCCGCUGCUUUGGAGGAGUCCACCAAACAGAGGCGUGACAUCAUCCCCUCUGACACCCUGCUGUACCCGCCGCAUCGCCGCCCUGCCCCGGCCCCCUCCGGCCUCAUGAUUCCACCGGUGAGCAUGGCGACACGGGACAACGGAGACGUACGCGAGUUCAUCAAUCAGAGGGUGCUGGAGAACGACUGUAACCCGACAGCGCCGCCCUACGACUCGCUGGCUACCUACGCCUACGAGGGGGCGGGAUCAGUGGCAGAGUCGCUCAGCUCGCUGGGCUCGGCGUCGUCUGAGGCCGAGCAGGACUACCACUACCUGAGUGAUUGGGGGCCCAGGUUCAGGAAACUAGCUGAUCUGUACGGGGCCGAGGACAGUGACUUCUCCUAACAGGGACACUCACUUUGACGACAGAGACAGAAUCACUGCAGGGCCGAGGACAGCUACGACCACAAACCCAGUUUUACUGAGCGUCGCUGACGAGCUUUAUGAGGAAGUCAACAUUACAGACGACACGCUGACGAACAAAG